AUGGAGCCCUUAUACCAGGAAUACCUCGCAAAGCAUGGAACUGUAGUGAAACCUUAUUAUUGGUUGGCCUUGACUCUAGACUGUUCUAAGUGCCCUUAUCACAUCCGGACAGGUGAAGAAGCAAGAAUUGCCCACACUGAAUUUUAUCAGAUCUUUGGAUUCCCUUGUGGGCCAAGUCCUCAAACCAAACACCUCAUAUUUUAUGAGGUGAAAACGUCUUCUGGCAGCCUCGUGCAAAAGGGUCAUGCUUCAAGUUGCAGUGAGUAUGAUACCCACCCAGAAUCUAUGUUAUUCGAGAUGGGCAGUUAUCUUGAGGCAGUCAUACAUAACAAUGACAACAUUGAGCAUAUCCUUCUUUAUUCUAAUUACUCUCCUUGUAAUGAAGCCAACCACUGCUGCAUUAGCAAAAUGUACAACUUCCUGAUGCGGUAUCCAGGCAUCAGCCUUAAUAUUUAUUUCUCUCAACUUUAUCAUACAGAGACGGACUUCCCUGUUUCAGCAUGGAACUGUGAAGCUUUACGAAGUCUGGCCAGUUUAUGGCCUCAGGUCACUCUGAACCCAAUAAGUGGUGGAAUUUGGCAUUACCUUCUCUACCAUUUUGUAAGUGGUGUCUCAGGGGCAAUUCUUUAUCAACCACUUUGGCCUGCAAGAGCACUGGCUGACAGGCGCAAUGCUUACGAAAUCAAUGCAAUCACAGGAGUGAAACCAUACUUCACUGACGUACUUCCCCAGACAACAAUGAACCCAAACACAAAAGCUCAGCUGGACUUACAAAGAAGCCCUUUAAGCAAUGUGUCUCCUCAGGAGUCCUCUCAAGUGAUGAACAACCAAUUACCACCCAUGAUGAUGACCCCAGGACAGAGGAUGCCUGUCAUUUUUAUGUUAGUGCCUUUCAGAGAGCAGCAACCACCCAACCGAGGUCAAAACCAGCCCAAGCCAAAGAAUGUUGUAAGGCACUUAAACAUGCCUCAGAUGGUAUUGCAGGAAACCAAAGCCCAGAAGACCCCUGCUGGAAGAUUAGUAGAGACUGUGGAAAUCAUAGAACAAUCUUCAAGCGGUAAAGAAGUAAAGUGA